AACCAGCUUAUUCCUUUUUUUUUAGAUCUUACUUUCUUUGGUCUAACGUUCUGUUCAGAUCUUCUAAUUUCCACUCAUCAGGAUCCUUGAAGGAGUAUUUAUUUUUUCUAUUUUUUUUUCUGUUAUUUGCUACAGCUUUGUAUUUAAAGUGCGUGACCUUUGUAAAGCCGUCCUCAUCUACUUGAUCUGUCAUCUGUAUGAAGUAACUGAUUACCAGCGAAUCAUAACUUUCCAAAAAUUUGGGAGCCAGAAACAUUUCAGCUGAAAAAAAAUAGAGUGGGCAACAAUAGCAGCAGUGGCACGUAUUGAAAGGUAAAUCGAAAAAUAUCAUUGCCAACAUUCUUUUCGGUAUUCCUUGGACAAUACAUAUAGAAUAUGCCAACAACAAGAUUUGCAACUGCCACUGGUAAAGCAGCAACCACCGAUCUAGAUUCUAGUACUUCAUCUGCUGUUGAGUCGCCAAAGGAAGUACGAAGAAAAGCAUUUCAGUCUCGAAAACGACGUGAAAGACCCACAGAUCUCGCAAAGAAACAGUCAAUUAUGGUCGAAUUCAUAGACACUAUUAUAAAAUUCGACAAAAAGCAUCUCUUGUGGAGUAAAGCACCUAAUGUGGAAAAAACUACAAUUGAAUACGUUAUUGAUCGUGUUUACAAAGGAAAAUACAAAGACUUUAACAGCUUGAAGUUAGAUCUUGACAUACUUAUUUCGUCCAUCGCACCUCUUUUCAAUCAGUCUCGGGAAGAACUAUAUGCAUUCAAGGAUCUGUAUGCAUACAUCAAUAAAAGCCUAUCUUUAGAAGCGUCGAGAGCGAAUGAAGAAUUAAAAGAAACAGAAAAUGCCGUAGAUUUCGUAUCAUUAUUUAGACCAACAACAGACGGAUAUGCAUUCAGUGAUUUACUUAUAAAGGACAAUUCAGCUGGGCCAAAGAUUAAUUAUAUGAGCAACGUUCAUGAGUUGAUAGUGCACCCCGCUCAGCCAACCGCCAAUGAUCAAGUGCCCAAAUUGAAAGAUGUAGUUGCACCAGCCCCUAAAUAUCAUCCCAAGGUUAUAGAUCACGGAAGCAAGCCUAUUGUACCAGUGCAAUGGCUAGACUUUGGUGCUUUUAGCAGCUUUGCUCCUGCUUCUGAUUCAAGAAGCGCAAAUACAACGUAUGAGAAUACAUAUAUGGGACGUGCUGCUAAACGAUUAAAGAAGGAGAAGAGUUCUGAAAGCUCCAAGACAACAGUAGAGGAUAUGGAAACUAACGAAGAGGAGCUCAAUGCAGCGUGGCUUAAAGAGCAGGGGCUAGAUAUACAACUGAUGAACAACGCAUUGGAAAUUCAAGCAGAUAAGGUCAUGGAAGAAUUGGAAAAGAACAGCAAGCUUUUUGAGAAACUGCUCGAUUUUCAGAAGUCACGAUUCAGCAAGGAUGAGUCAAAGUGGGCCUUGGUGGAUGAGAAGGAAUUCGACGCAGCAAAGAGCUUGAAAGAAAACAUUUUAAAAAUACUACAAACUUUACCACCCAAUGUAAUUACAGAUGCUGCAAUUUUAGAGGAAGCGAUGAAACGUUUACCAGUGUUCGAAGCUGCCUACCGCGGUACCUUACCUCCUCAUAAAAUAUUCUCCUUCCCAACAACAGAAAAAGCCGAAGGUUUCCCACCCUAUGCCAACAUUACACCAACGUAUCCGAAGGAGAAUUGGCGUUUGUUAAGAGUAACUCCAUUUCCAGCUGAAAAGGCUAGUGAUGCUAACGCUCCAAAUAGCAAUCAAAACGAACCUCCUCUGUUGAGUAUGUUGGAACAGCAGCAGCUCCACCUCAUGCAAAAGGCUCCACCACUUUUUUCUCAACAAUUAAUACCCCAUCCUUCACAAAUGCAGCAGCCACCACCACAUGCACCGCCUCAACAACAGCAGUGCAUACCAAUGUCGAACAAUGCAACAAUGGCCUACCCCCAAUCACAUCAAAGAAGAUAAACUAAGCUUCUUUCUCUAUAGAAAUAUCAAAAAAGCAUUGGAUUCCUUUUAUUUUUUAUUUUUAUCUUACUCUCUAUAUUUUUCGUCGUCUUAUUUUUUAUUAUAAUGAUACAUUUCUCUUACGAAUUGAUAAAAUUCAAUAAAUAUCCUUGA